AUGUCCAACAGACAGCCUGAAGCACCAGUCAUUGCUGUUGACUUAGAUGACGUCCUUAGCCAGACUAAUCAAGCCGUUGCAGACUGGCACAAUGCAACAUAUGGAACAAAUAUGACAAUAAAUGAUUUCCAUUACUACCAUUAUUGGAAGAACCCGGAUUGGGGCUCUCCUACCGAGACUCACGACAAAGUGAAAAUAUACUACGCUACUAGUAUCAUGUCUCCAAAGCCCGUACCAGGAGCACUGGAAGGUGUCAAAACGCUCCGGGAACUGGGUUACAAACUUGUCAUUAUCACAGCACGACACGCUGAAGAACAACCCUUGACGCAACAAUGGCUGGACCAAUAUUUCCCAAAUAUUUUUGAUGAGGUAUAUUGCACAGGUCAGUUUAACAAGGAUGAGGACGGUAACCAGGUUCAUGUUAAAAUAGGGAAAGUCGAGGUUUGCCACAGGGUGCAUGCGAAACUCUUGAUAGACGAUUCUGCAGAGAACGCACUUGCGUGUGCAAGAGACGCCACACUUCCCGUGCCCGUGCUUUUAUUCGGCGACUACAGUUGGAACCAAAGAAUCUCCAACCUAGACCAUCCGCAAGAUCACCUUGGAUACAAGGAACGACUCGAGUUUGAGCAUGGGCAAGAAUGGUGGAAGAAGGAAUCAGUAGACAAGGAGCUACCGGAGAACGUGAAGCGGGUGAAGAACUGGGAAGAAGUCGUUGCCCAUGUGAAGUCUAUAUCCCAGCUAGCAAACAGAAAUUGAGUAGAAUACCGAGUAACAUGACAGAACAACUGUAAUGGCUGUGA